AUGGUCAGUCAUGUCAUCUUUAUGUUGACUCAACUUACAUCCGUCUUCUUUCAUAUUUUAGGAUCGAAUGCGCCAAUUACUCUUCUCGAUAGUAAAGAUCUAAGUAUUCAAGCUGCGACAUGGUCGCUCGGUGAUCAAUUUCUUUAUCUUGAAGUUGACGAAGAAGUCCGAAAUGUUAUCUAUUAUUUAUUCGAUAUAUUUACGAGUCAAUCACUAGUUCGUCUAGUUAACAAUGGUACUUCGCGCAAUAUCAAUAUUCAUCCUAUCAACGAUCAAGUAUUUGUCUUCACACAUGAAAGUAUCCUCGAGCCACCGAAUAUAUAUUUGUAUUCAUCAGAUGGUUCAAGUCGAUCUGUUACUGUUCAUAAUACUGUUCUAUUGUCUAAAGUAAAAAUGAGUACUGUAGCUGAAACAUUUUCAUUUGUGGGUGCUCGAAAUGAAACAGUUUGGGGAUAG